UUCCAGAGGAUUUAGAAAAGUCAAAGUGAUGGAUAAUAAAAAGGAGCCUCCAUUCUUUAAUGAAGAAAAUGUAGGACCAUUUUGCUACAAACUUCCUUUUUAUGAUACUAUGGAGCUCUUCAUUGAAACAUUGACUGGAACAUGCUUUGAACUGAGAGUUUCACCUUUUGAAGCUGUUAUUUCUGUGAAAGCAAAAAUUCAAAAAUUAGAAGGUAUUCCCAUCUGCCAGCAGCACUUAAUUUGGAAUAACUUGGAACUUGAAGAUGAAUAUUGCUUGAAUGAUUACAACAUUUCAGAAGGUUGUACCUUGAAGCUGGUGUUGGCCAUGCGUGGUGGACCUAUAAAUACUAGAAGAGUUCCUAUGGAAGAACCACUUAGGGAAAUGGCUGAAUAUAUGGAUUCCAAUCGAGAUGAGGUCUGUGAGAAGACCUCUUGCAAUAAACAAGUCACAUUUUUGGUAUACCGAGAAGGAGAUCAAUUGAAUUUCUUUCGUGUAGUACAUAGAGGAGAUGGCACAUUAACACCAUUAUCUGAAUCUCUAAGUGGUGGUUCAGUGUAUAAUUUGUAUACUGAUGAGGAUGAAGAAACUGAGCACUCUCCUUCUGGGCAUCAAAUCAUUGAAAAUUCAAUUACUAUGAAUAAGAUGAAGCUGCUGAAGAACAAAAUGGAGAACAUGAAUCUGAGCAAAAAGCCUAAGAAAACUGUCAAGGUAAAACCUCGUCCACCUAUAGCUUCUCGACCUUCUAGUAGUUCCACUUCAACUGCUCGCCACAGAUUGUUAAGGGUUCUUCCUCAUAUUGGGCAAUCUUAUUUAUCUUCUGGGAAUACAUAUCUCCCCGAAACAUCCAGGAAUGUAGUUUCAAGUGUGCCUGCUGCUGAUAAACCUGUAUCAUCUAUUACUAGUGAUUUUCUCAAUGAAGAUGAUAACUUUAAAAGUAACAGACUGUCUCAUUCCAAUAGUAGUAUAAAACUACCAUCCCAGUUGCCUCCCGUGAAGUUUGAAAAUGAUAAGAAGCUUUCAGAUUCUAUUCUUCAUUUUGGGUCAUCCUUGCCAAGGAAGAUAAAACACCUCCCAGGAAAUUUGUCGUCUAGUACUGAAAAUGACACUGUUUUAUUUCCAAGUUCAGAAAAACAUACAGCUCAAGACUCACUUUUACCAUUUGCAGAAGGAAUCCCAAAUGAACAGAUCAAUGACUUAGAAAGUACACAGAAGGUAAAUCCAGAGUUCUUACUCAGUAAUGGUGAUAAUGGGUUGAAAACGACAGAGCAGCAAUUUAAAAAUGUUGCAAGAGUGCUGAAUGGUGAAUCAGUAGAGACUACAGUUCUUAACCACCGAGAAUUAAGUCCUCACAAAAAUAGACGCUUGUCACCUCUUCACUGUGCUACAUCAAUGUCUCUACAUAAUUCUCUGGUGAAAUCACAGAGACAACCCAAAUGUUUUGAUUCUGGGAACAUCCAAUCUUCUGCUUCACAAAACUUGCUUCGAUCAUUGGAUAUUAGAAAUGUAACUGAUUCUUCUCUCUCUAGGACUACUCGUUUACGAGCUGUUAAAGUUGACUCACCUGGGAAAAGACCUGAUAUUAUUUCUAAGGUAGAGGCUCGAGAUAUCACAGAAAUGGCUAACAAAGCUUCCAAAGAGCCCGUUGGUUGUAUAAAUAAUAUAGGUUUUCUUGCUUCGCUGGCCCGGAGUUCAAGCAGAGACAAUUUACAGAGCUCACAUGGUGUAGGAAGGCUUCGGACCUCUCGAAUUGCAUUGCCCACAAACCUUCCACAUUUUCAGGAAGAAAAUUGUAGGAAGACUUCUCCCCCAUUAGAAUCUACAGAUUUUUUUCUAUCUGCCCGUGGUACUGGAAUGAAUGGAAAUAAUACAGCAACAGGGAAAAGAGUAGAAUGUGCCCAUCAUCUACCACCUGUGAAAGCCCCUAUUCAGACAAAAAAGAAAACAAGGCAUUGUUUUCACUGUGGAAAGAAAACUGGACUAGCUACCAGCUACGAAUGCAGAUGUGGAAACAACUUCUGUGCAUCUCAUCGCUAUGCAGAAACUCACGGCUGCACCUAUGAUUACAAAAGUGCAGGGAGGAGAUACUUACAGGAGGCAAAUCCUGUGGUUAAUGCACCCAAACUUCCGAAAAUCUAACUCUUCUUGCUCUGCAUCUAACUGUUCUGCCAAAGGAAUGUAUUACAGUUACAGAGAAAUAUUUAGACAGCAUUAUUUUUGUUUGACUCCUAAAGAGUUCCAUAUAACAAAAGCAUUGUGUUGUACAAUGAAAAUGCUACUGUG